CUCCCAGUACGCGUCGCGCCGCGCCAGCAGACAGGCAGGACCCGACCCUGGGAAUAAAAAAACGCGCAGCUCCGUCUGUUUGAAGAUUAUUUUAUUGCAGCGAGGUAGGGCAGUUCAGUGAAUUUCUCCAUGAAUGUACGUCACAAUGAUGAUGACAGACCAUCCACUGGACUUGGCUCCGCCCCCCCACCUGAACGGGGAGGUCCCUCUCAUGCCUCACAUGGUUAACGGGGAUGCCUCACAGCAGGUGAUCCUGGUGCAGGUGAACCCGGGGGAGACGUUCACCAUCCGGGCAGAGGAUGGAUCACUGCAAUGCAUCCAGGGUCCUGCUGAGGUUCCCAUGAUGUCCCCAAAUGGGUCGAUCCCUCCCAUCCACGUCCCCCCAGGAUACAUCUCACAGGUGCUGGAGGACUCCUCGGGGGUCCGCCGGGUGGUGGUGACGCCCCAGUCUCCUGAGUGCUACCCGCCCUCCUACUCUCCAGCCCUCUCCCCCACACACCACCUGCCCCCCUACCUGACCCACCCCCACUUCAUCCCCAACUCUCACUCUUUCUACCCCCCUGUCAGCCCCGGAGAGCUGUCCCCCCACCAGUACUACCAGCACCACCUUCCCCCCAUGUACGGCGACCCAGAAAUCAUCCCAGUGUAUGGGAUGUCUAACUACAUAGGCAGAGAGGAGUACAGUAAGCCACAGCCCAAAAAGAUAAGGGAACAGAGACAACUGGAGCGACAGAACCGACUCAACUCUCCUCCCUCCACUCUGUAUAAGGGCUGCCUGGGGCCAGCACACAACGGAUACAGCAACAAAUCCCACGCCCCAUUGCUCGGGUCGGUGGGGUCAGGGGGGGGCGUCGGCAGCCCAGGAGGGAAGAAGCCGGAGAGACGACUCCGCAGCAGUCCACGCAACGGUGAACCAGAGACACACGCACAAGAUCAUGAUUCAGAGGCGAAGCGUGUUCAAGACAUGCUGUCUACAAUCGACAAACCACAGGUUUCCAAUGUGCAGGCGCGGUCCGCACGGCUGUCCUGGGCCCCCCCGGUAGGGCUGGUGAACAGGCAUAGUAAUGGGAUGCCUGUGUCCUGCUCCUACGAGGUCUCUCUCUCGGACAAGGGACGAGAUGGAAAGUAUCGCCUCAUAUACAGUGGCGAGGAAUUGGAGUACCACCUGAAAGACCUAAGGCCAGCGACAGACUACCACCUACGGGUCUGUGCGAUGUACAACUCGGUUCGAGGCUCGUGUUCAGAGGCCGGCUCGUUCACCACGCACUGCAGCGUCGCCGACGUCCCGCUCCCCCCGAAGUUCUCCCACCGCACCAAGAGCACCCUCACCCUCCAGUGGAAGCCCCCAGGCGACAACGGAUCCAAAAUCACAAACUACCUGCUCGAGUGGGAUGAGGGAAAGAAGAACAGUGUUUUCAGAGAAUGUUACUUUGGGAGCCAGAGACACUGUAAGCUGACCCGACUGUUUCCCGCCUGUGGCUACACGUUCAGACUGGCUGCGCACAACGACAUCGGCACAAGUGGCUUCAGCACAGAGGUGGUGUUUUACACCAUGGGCACCCUGCCCGCUCUGCCUCUGGCACCGCGGCUGGUCAGGGCCGGCGUGUCCUGGGUGACCCUGGAGUGGGGGCGUCCCGAGGGCAGUCCCAGCGAGGAGCAGCUCAAAUACACACUUGAGAUCCAGGAGGACAACAGCGGAACCGACUUUCAUCCAAAGUACACUGGAGAAAACUUGACUUGUACUGUACAGGGCCUGAAGAGGAGUACGCAGUAUAAAUUCAGGCUCAUAGCAUCGAACAUGGAGGGAAAGAGCAGUCCCAGCGAGGUGUUGGUGUGCACCACCAAUCCAGACAAACCAGGCCCUCCAUCCACACCCUGUGUCACUGCAGCCACGCCCUUCGGGUUCAGCGUCACAUGGGAUCCUCCGCAGGACAACGGGGGCUCAGAGGCUCUGACGUACCUGCUCGAGGUCUCAGAGGGCUGCUCCGAAGCGGGCCAGUGGGAGGUGGCGUACAGCGGCCCGGCAACAGAAUGCAUGUGUGAGCGCCUGACACCUGGGACCUUGUACCGCCUACGUGUGUGUAGCAUCACCACCGGGGGACACAGCCAGUGCACCGUCGGUGUUCCGGUCCGUACGUCAAACGUGCCGCCAGGCCCCUGCAAGCCGCCAAGGAUUGUGGGUAAAGCCAAACACAAGGAGGUGCAGUUAGAAUGGGACUCCCCCGUGUGUGAUGCCGUGUGUGAGGAGUGUGUGUUCAGCCUGGAGAUGAGCGAGGGCGACGCCAAGCCAGCGGAGGUGUACCACGGGGCGGAGCUGCAAUGCACGGUCGGCAGUCUGCUACCCGGAGCCACGUACAGCUUCCGACUGCGGGCUGCCAACGAGGCGGGGUUGGGCGCACACUCUGACCCCACAGUGGUGACGACAGCAGCAGGUCCUCCUGGCCAGUGUGGGGCGCCACUCAUCACUCUCACGAACAACACUUGUGUAACGCUUAACUGGGAGAGUCCCGAGGGUUCGGGCACAGACAUCUCCGAAUAUCGUCUGGAGUGGGCGCGGGAGGAGGAGCCCAUGGAGCUGAUCUACUGCGGAUCGGCCACACAGUGCGAGCUGUCAGAUCUGACGCCUGCCACAGACUACUGCUGCAGGCUACAGGCGGUGAAUCAGGCGGGCGCCGGCCUCUACAGCGAGCAGGUGAGUUUCAGGACCCCGGCGACGACUCCCGACCAGAUCUCGCCCCUCGUCCUCCUGGAGCUCCCCACCUCCUCUGAGUCGGGGCACUCCCCGUCUACCUGCCUCCUCCUGAAGUGGGACGAGCCCAACAGCAACGGGGCGGACAUCACCUCCUACGUCAUCACCGUGGACGAGCAGACCAUCUCCGUGGAGUCAGGGACGAGUCACCUGGUCACAGGCCUGCAGCCGGACACCGAGUACAGCGUACAGAUCCAGGCGGUGAAUGACAUCGGCUCGAGUCCCGCGAGUCCCACCCUGCAGGCCAGGACACGGCCCCUCCCCCCGGCCCCGCCCCCGCUCGAGUGCUCGGCGGCCGGCCCUCAGAGCCUGAAGCUGAAGUGGGGCGAGAACGUCAGCCACACGCGGGCCCUGCUCGCCGAAGACGUGGUCUACAUGCUGCAGAUGGAGGACAAGAACCACAGGUUCGUGACGAUCUACCGCGGCCCCAGCCACACCUACAAGGUCCAGCGGCUAAUCGAGUCCAGCAGCUACAGCUUCAGAAUACAGGCCGUCAGCGACGCUGGGGAGGGUCCGUUCUCUGGCACACACACCUUCUGCACCACCAAGUCUGUGCCCCCGGCCCUCAAAGCUCCCAGAGUGCACCAGCUGGAGGGCAACAUGUGCGAGAUCACAUGGGAGACGAUCCCACCAAUGAGAGGGGACCCGGUGAGCUUCGUGCUCCAGGUGCUGGUGGGCCGCGAGUCCGAAUACAAACAGGUUUUCAAAGGAGAAGAGGGUCAGUUCCAGAUCUCUGGUCUCCAGUGCAACACAGACUAUCGAUUCCGCGUGGGCGCCUGCCGCCGCUGCCAGGACUCGUGCCAGGAGCUGUGCGGCCCCCUGAGCCCCUCCUCCCUGUUCACGCUGCGGCGCCAGGAGUCGGUGUCCUCCGGGGAGCUGUGCCCCGUGGACACGGGCAAGGGGGCGGGCCUGAUCUCCAGUGACGAGCGCUUCGCGGCGCUGAUCGUGUGCGUGUUCGCCGGCUUCUCCAUCCUCAUCGCCUGCCUGCUGCAGUACUUCUUCAUGAAGUGAGGGAAUCUUAACUAUAGGAUAGAAAGAGAAAGCAAAAAUCACAGAGAAACUUUAAAAGUAUAAACGUCUAUGAAAGAACCGAAUGAAAUCAAAACACUUGAGAUGAACUUCUACGUAUGUUUUUGUUUUUGUUUUGUUAGUCAAAGUAUCGAUUCAGGCUUUUUCCUCACCUCGUUCCUGUCGUCUUCUGCCUUCUCUCGGUUUGGUCUCGUUUCUCUCUACGUCUCAGUUUGUCUCCGUGUCACCGUCUGUUCCGCUCGUGGAGGACUUCUGCCGAGAGAAGCCUCGUCAAGAGAACUGAUAAUCAAGCCUUAAGAUAGCUGUGAGCAGAGCAGCUGCUCCUCAGACUGACUUGCAUGUUUUUACUUUGUAUCUUUUUAAAAACAUAUUCGAUUAGAGAACGUGUAUAUUUCUUGACGGUCAUUGCCUUACAAUAGGUUUGUUUCUUUGUUUUCGAUGUUACAUUUUUUGUUUUUUGUUUUUUUGCUGCAAUCUUUAUUCAUUCAGCCAUAUUCCAAUGUAGGCCUUCAGAGCUUUAGCCGUUAUUAUCCAGUUGUUACUCUACAGGUUGUCGGCCCAGUUGUGCGUUCUGCUCGCAGACUGACAGACACCGUGCACACACACGCAUUGUGCAGACCUGCCUACAUAUACACGCACACGUGUGCAAUUACACUCAUGCAACGACAAUGACAUUACACUUUUUUUUUGUUUUUCUCCUACGAAGGCAAUCACUUAAUCCGCUCAGCUUUCAACGUUCAAUCACUCAUUCAUUCAGCUACCAAAGUGAUGCAAUCCAUGUGUGGUGUAAGAUGCUGCUAUCCUGUGAUUUUAUUAUAUCUAAGAAAGAAUGGAAACCCAGUAAUCUAAUAUAUGUACACACAAUAUAUAUAUAUAUUAUAACAAAUAUCUAUGAUGCUAUAGAAGUGAUGUAAUAUAAGUGAUGGCAAUGUAAGGUCUGAAGUACGGCGGGAAAAAAAGGGCGUGAGGAGUUUUACUGUAGGUGCUCACGCCAGCAGCUCUGAGGUCAGUUCAGUAGCUUGUGCGUUUGAAGGAGCCCUUAAACGCUGGCCUCGGAUCAGCGCGUGAACCCUUGUAGGUAUUCAAUUGAUGGGGCGUAAACUGGCUUUGGCAUUGAGGAAGCCGCGGGGCUGUGUGGUUUGCGGCCGGCUGCAACUUUUAGCAGGAAACAGGGGGCUGGCCCGGAGAGAGGCCCUCCGUCAGUCCUACCAUCUCAAAACCACCAUUUCUCCAGCCUAUGUAUCCGUAGCUUCAGUAGCGAUGUGCCCGUGGCGUCACAGACCCAGAGGUGCUAACAGCCUGCCAGCUAGCCGCCUUUCUCCGAGCUGUGUGUGUGUGUGUGUCUGUUAACCAGGAGAGCCAUUAGGAGUUAGCUCGAGCUCUACCCUUCUGAGAUCUCUCCAGCUGCGAGCCCGAGCUGAGGCUGGAGCUCCUCCCGUCGGCUCGUCUGUGAAUCGAUUCCUUUUGAAGACUCUGCUCCUCGUUUGUUCUCCUUUCCUGCACACCAUUAUUAGUAAUUACCUCUUUUACCUUGCUCUCCAUCCGCCUCCAUGUCACUCUCGCUCUCUCUACCCAUGCACAACUCUCUCUUCCCUCUUUCUCUCCUCUCCCUCCGCUCUCUCUUUUAAAUGGUGCUUUAUUGAUAUCAGAGCAGUAGCACGGCUGUGGUCUCCUCCUCGGAUGCACAUGUUCUCUUGGGACUCGAACUAAUGUUCACUAACCAAACAAGCCUUCGACGGAACACAACUCAACAACACAGGGCAUUCUGACACACGUAUCACCCCCCCCGCCCCCCCUGCCUCCCGAACCUUUUAUUUUUUAAUACCCCAACUCGGAAAAACAAACAAAGCCAAGGUACAGCCCAAUACACACACAUGAUCCAAAGAAGUCAGCCUGACCCGCAUGGUUAACGCGUCCGCUUUCGUCAGGUGCGUCUGUGGGGGGAGGAGCCGGAGGAAUCGGGUGGGGCGUGGGGAGGUGGAGGGGGUGAUGGCGAGCUCUGAUUGGCAGCCUGUAACGUACCUCAGGGAUUAGGCCUUACAGAGCUGGGAUCUCAUCCCGUGCUCGUCGUCCCUCGCCGCCGCCGCCUUCUUCCUACCGGUCUCUCUCUCUCUCUCUCUCUCUUUCUUUCUCUCUCUCUCUCUCUCUCUCUCUCUCUCUCUCUCUCUCUCUCUCUCUCUCUCUCUCUCUCUCUCUCUCUCUGUCUCUGUCUCUGUCUCUCUCUGUCUCUGUCUCUCUCUCUCUCUUUUGAUGCUGUAUCUUGUCCUCUGUCUAUGCUGUGCCUUGCUCCUGUAUGUCAGUAAGCAAAGUGGUUUACUAGCUCAAAAAAAAAAAAAUACCUUUGCCAAAGUUGAUGGGAAAGUUAAGGUAGAGUUCUUUUCUAGGUUUUUAUUUAUACUAUAUAUUUGCAUACAGUACUUUACAUGCCAAUUACAGUGCAAUCUUCAUUUAUUUAUUGUUUAAAGAUUAAGAGACAAGUGUAGUUAUAUACUAAUUUGGUUUUUUUUCUUGUAGCAUGUUUUUUUUUCUUCAAUUUUUUCAUUUGUUUUCUUUCUUUUGUAAUGGAUGUACUUUAGAUUGUAUGAUUAAGGCCAGCAUUCCUUAUCUCAGUAACCCUUUAAGUAUUUCUCUUACAGCUGUUGGGAACCUGUAGCUCAUCAGUCCAUGCAUUGCAGUUAUCGUUUCAAACAUGUAACCAAAUGUAAUUUUUUCAUGUUUCGUUUCAUCUCCUGCUCCGGCCGCAGCCAGCCGAGCGGUCCUUGUAAUGCUUAGACAGACAUGUAGCAGAGCCGGGCCUUAGGGUCACUUCAAAGUCAUCGGUAUUGGGAUAAACGUGACUGCCUUUGGCUUUUUUUAUUUUCAUUUUUUAGUGUUAUAAUGAAGCUUCUGAUAUCCUUCUACAGUUGUAUUGCCAAAGUGCAGGCUUAUCGUGUCCACUAGAUGUCGCAUUUGCAGUCGUCUAAAGGGUUCCUGUGAUGUUCUUCUGCGACGACACAGCAUUAUUAUUAUUAUUGUGAUUAUUAUUCUCUCGAAAGGAAAAAAAAAACAAACAAAAAAAAACAUUAACGUGAUCUGUGAUUAUGCUUCUUUUCAUAUUAUCUUUCAUUGUUUUCGUUUUGUAAAGCAAAAUGUGCCAUUUUGAAAUGUGUAGCCCCUUUUGGAGGAGAGUUUUUAACACAACCUGAUUUCACACUGAAAGUUCAAAUGCGAAGAGAAAAAACAAAUGCAAAAAAAAUAGGCAAAAACAAUCAAUCGAUGAUUUCAGGCAAAAACGAUAACGAUAUUGACGAUUCCUUGUUCAGACUAGUGCUGGUAGAGCAGUAGUGAGUAUUUUGUAUCCAGUAUUUUGCUAAGACAUGAUUUACAGAGAUAUCUAUAGAGCUAUAGAACGAGACGGUAAAUACAUUAUGACUAACAGAGUUGAAGCACUUUUUUUAUGCCGAGCAUUAGUCCUGAUGAGGUUAAUGAGAGCGGGGGGGGGACAACACGCAGCCCCUCCGCUCACUUCCGAAACACUACUGCCAACGCCGCCUGUUGCAUUCAUUGGCAUUGUCCCGUCAUUGGGCGUCACUGUGACAUUGUGGCAUUACUGGAGCACGCCUCCGUGCGUCUCAAACAGCGCCCCACUUCCUGCUUCCUGCGACGUCACAGGAAGUGCGGCGCCAUUUUGUUUGUCCCCAGACGUGCUCGUGGUGUGUCCCCCUGCGGCCCCCGUCGCAUUGUAGCCGACGGGUGCUGUGUGAGGUGUCCUGUCCUUAAAACCCGAGAUGUUAUGUUUCCCCCUCAUCCCCUCCCCCCCCCCCCAAUGUUCAAGCCUUGACGCCCCAGUGGUAGAGCGGAGGUUAUCCUCGUGUUUGGCCAAACCGAGGCCCAGCUACGUUAGCAUUGUAGAGUCUGAGGCUAACGCAGCGUUGCCUGACAGACUGCGUGUUUGCGGGCAAGGUACUUCCCCUUUUUUGCGUGCUUUGUUGUUUUUGUUGAUUUUUUUUCAAAUGCUGGUGAUUUUUAUAGACAAACCCCCCACCCCCCCCCCCCCCACCCCCACCCCAAGCCCCUAUCACCCUCCCCCAAACCAUCACGCAGGUCCUGCACAUUUGUCGGGUUAUGACAAGAAUGAGAGACUUUUAUUUUUUACAAUUUUUGUUUGCCCAGGAACACCCCCCCCCCCCCCCCCACAUCUGUGCCUUCUGAUCAGUUUUAUUAUUUUUCUUUUUUUAAUGUUUUGUACGUUUUACAGUAAGUAGAGAUUUUGACUGAGAGAUUUGGCGAUUUGACAAACACACAGAGAUUCACAGGUAUUUAACUAUUUUUUAAGCGAGACAAAAGAAAACAUAUUUUUACCUCACGAUUUAAAAAGCAAACAUUCCAAUGUUGUCAUGGUCUACGAAUUGAAUAAAAAAAAAAAAGAAAUUCAUGCAUUUCUUCUUGUAUUGUAAAUGUUAGACAAUUUCAUAUGCAUUAUAUAAAAAAAACUGCCAUAUCAAUUUUAAUGUAUAGAUUUUUGCAAAUACUACCCUAUGUAUGUAAGACGUAACUGUAUCGGUAGCGUAUAUAUAAUAUAUUUAUGCCCAAUAAAUGUUUUAAUUUUUUUCUGA